GUGACGUCAUCGAGCUGCGCCGCCUGCGGGGCAGAACCGGAGCGCGACGGCGGGGCUGACGCGCCCGGGAAGGCUUGUGGGGAAACGAAACAGAGGGAGGAGGCCGCGGCUCUGGCAGCUGCAGGGCCUGGCCCAGCGGCAGUGGCGGCGGCCUGAUCCCCGUCUCCGCUCCCUGGCAGCUCGCUCUGUUCCCUCAGCUAACAAUGAAGAGGAGAAUUGACCCAGAAUGCACCGCCCCCAUCAAGAAGCAGAAGAAAAGGGUUGCAGAGCUUGCCUUGAACCUCAGCUCCACAUCUGACCCUCCACAUGAACCUCCCUCCUCCAUCAAUCAUUCAGCAAAAGCAUCUGCCACAAGCCUAAGUGGUUCUGACAGCGAAACUGAGGGGAAGCAACACAGCUCUGACUCUUUCAACGAUGCAUUCAAAGCAGACUCCCUCGUGGAGGGAACUUCCUCUCGUUAUUCCAUGUAUAACAGUGUCUCCCAGAAGCUUAUGGCCAAGAUGGGCUUCAGGGAAGGUGAAGGAUUAGGUAAAUUCAGCCAGGGUCGCAAGGACAUCGUUGAGGCCUCUAAUCAAAAAGGUCGAAGAGGCUUGGGUCUGACAUUGCGGGGCUUUGAUCAAGAGCUGAACGUGGACUGGCGAGAUGAACCGGAGCCCAGUGCCUGUGAGCAGGUGUCAUGGUUUCCAGAAUGUACCACUGAAAUUCCUGACACUCAAGAAUUGAGCGAUUGGAUGGUUGUGGGAAAGAGAAAGAUGAUUAUUGAAGAUGAGACAGAGUUUUGUGGGGAAGAGCUGCUUCACAGUGUGUUGCAGUGUAAGAGUGUGUUUGAUGUCCUGGACGGGGAGGAGAUGCGACGAGCCCGGACCCGGGCCAACCCCUACGAGAUGAUCCGAGGAGUCUUCUUCCUAAACAGGGCAGCGAUGAAGAUGGCUAACAUGGAUUUUGUGUUUGAUUACAUGUUUACAAAUCCUCGGGACUCCUGUGGGAAGCCACUGGUGAAGGACCGGGAAGCUGAGCUCCUGUACUUUGCUGACGUCUGUGCAGGCCCAGGCGGCUUCUCAGAGUAUGUGCUGUGGAGGAAGAAGUGGCACGCCAAGGGCUUUGGAAUGACUCUGAAAGGCCCGAACGACUUCAAGCUGGAGGACUUCUACUCGGCCUCCAGUGAGCUCUUCGAACCAUACUAUGGCGAGGGUGGGAUUGAUGGAGAUGGAGACAUCACCCGCCCAGAGAAUAUCACUGCUUUUCGGAAUUUUGUCCUGGAUAACACAGAUCGCAAGGGGGUCCACUUUCUGAUGGCUGAUGGGGGUUUCUCAGUGGAAGGUCAGGAGAAUCUGCAGGAGAUCCUCAGCAAGCAGCUGCUGCUGUGUCAGUUCCUCAUGGCACUGUCCGUUGUCCGGACAGGAGGCCACUUCAUCUGUAAAACCUUUGACCUGUUCACACCAUUCAGCGUGGGGCUUAUCUACUUGCUGUACUGCUGCUUUGAACGAGUAUGUCUCUUUAAGCCGAUUACCAGCCGUCCAGCCAACUCAGAGAGGUAUGUGGUGUGCAAGGGCCUAAAAGUGGGCAUAGAUGACGUGCGGGAUUACCUCUUCUCAGUGAAUAUUAAACUCAACCAGCUGCGGAACACAGAUUCUGACGUCAACCUUGUGGUCCCCUUGGAGGUGAUCAAGGGAGACCAUGAAUUUACUGACUACAUGAUACGGUCCAACGAGAGCCACUGCGGUGUGCAGAUCAAAGCUCUGGCCAAAAUCCAUGCCUUUGUUCAAGACACAACCCUGAGUGAGCCUCGGCAGGCAGAGAUCCGGAAAGAGUGCCUCCGACUCUGGGGUAUCCCAGACCAAGCUCGGGUUGCUCCUUCUUCCUCAGACCCAAAAUCUAAGUUCUUUGAGCUAAUCCAGGGCACUGAGAUUGACAUCUUCAGCUACAAGCCCACACUACUCACCUCCAAAACCCUGGAGAAGAUCCGCCCUGUGUUUGACUACCGCUGCAUGGUGUCUGGCAGUGAGCAGAAGUUCCUCAUUGGCCUGGGGAAGUCCCAGAUCUACACGUGGGAUGGGCGCCAAUCAGACCGAUGGGUCAAGCUAGACCUGAAGACAGAGCUACCCCGGGACACUCUGCUGUCUGUGGAGAUUGUCCAUGAGCUGAAAGGGGAGGGGAAGGCCCAGCGGAAGAUUAGUGCCAUCCACAUCCUCGAUGUCCUCGUGCUGAAUGGCAGCGACGUGAGGGAGCAGCACUUUAACCAGCGAAUUCAGCUUGCUGAGAAAUUUGUGAAAGCUGUUUCCAAGCCUAGUCGGCCUGACAUGAAUCCCAUCAGGGUGAAGGAGGUGUACAGGCUGGAGGAGAUGGAGAAGAUUUUUGUCAGGUUAGAGAUGAAGAUCAUCAAGGGUUCUGGUGGCACACCCAAGCUCAGCUACACAGGGCGGGACGACCGGCACUUUGUUCCCACUGGCCUCUACAUCGUCAGGACAGUGAAUGAGCCAUGGACUAUGGCAUUCAGCAAAAGCUUUAAGAGGAAGUUCUUCUACAAUAAGAGAACCAAGACCUCUACCUACGUCCUGCCUACAGACUCCAUUGCUCCAUUUCACGUCUGCUACUUUAGCCGGCUCUUCUGGGAGUGGGGGGAUGGCAUACGUGUGCACGACUCCCAGAAGCCCCAGGACCCGGACAAGCUGUCCAAGGAGGAUGUCCUGUCCUUCAUCCAGACACACAGCGCCUGAGGACCUCAGGCUGCCCACCCCUGCUGCCUGCCCUGCCACUCACUAGGCAGGGUGCUCUGUGCCUGGGUCCCCAGUGCUGGCUUUCCUCCUCCUCUUGGAAUGAGAUUGCAGCGCAUGGUCACUGCAGCCUGGCCAUGAGGGGGGUGGCCUCCUUGUCAUCUCCCCUGAAGAGCGCAGUCAGGGGCCUUCAGAGGACACUCACACGUUCUUUCUGGGACACCUUUUGGGCUCCUCUGUCCAGGGACAAGCCUGGGAACUGUUCCCCCUGCCAGAACUCAGCCUGAAGGAAGCUGCCCCUGCGGUGGGUUUGAGGUCAGUGCCCUGGGCACAUGGGGCUGGUGGAGGAAGUGUCGGAGAGUGGCAGGGCUUGGGCUCAGCUGUUCUCUCCUGUAUCCUGUAGACUCACUUUUCUGAGUUCCAUGCACUGCCCCUGAGGGUGGCCAUGCCCCUGCUUUGCCCAACUUUUUAUUGGGCGAACCCUGAGCAGGGGGAGGCCCACUGUCGUGAGCUGGCCAGGAGGAGCUGCUGUGUAAAUCAAGGCUUUGUUUCUUUGAACUUCCUCUGUUUUGAUGCCAAGUUGGUGAUUUUCUUGUCUCCUCACCACGUACCAUGUCCUGGCCUUCCCUGGAGUUCUUCCCAGCCUGGACCUCUGACAGUCCCGGCAGGCCGGGAAGGGAGGAGUGUGGGUCCCACGUCCCUGACCUCACAUCUGGACCAGGUAGUGCCUUCUCUGGUACUGGACGUGACUGCCUUCUGGGGUUGGAGAGCCUUCCUGAGCCCCAUCCCCUUUCAUCCAAACCUUGGGCAGCUCUAGAAGGGGAGGAUGCAGCUUGAAGAUCUGCCAUCUUCUCUCCUCCAGCAGCAGUGGCCCCACCAGUAACAGAGGGCACCUCUGGAGUUUGGGUCAGUGCCCAGCCAUCUGGCAAUCAUGGCGCCACCAUUGGCCAUAGCUGGCCUAGGGCCUUGGCAGAAUUCUGAGAGCCAGAGCAGCUCCUCGCCACCCUUUUCCCUCCUUUGUUUUUCUUCCUCAAUAGGAGAUACAAUCUGCUUUCCUUUGUCCUUAUGUGGACACUCCCAUUUCCUCUAUCUUGGCGGAGGCAGAGGGAAGAGGGGAGGCUGGGCAGUAGCUUUUGGGGACAGGGGAGGGCAUCUGUGGUUGUUUUUAAUGGGAAAUACCUCUCAGAGAUGCUCCCUAGGGCCUCCCUAGGGCCCCAUUCCAGUGCUAGACUGGUUUCCAUGGAGAUAGUGCACCGUAUCUCCCGAGAGGUUGGAAUCGACUCCAUCGUGGGGGUCUUCCAGCCAGCAUCCAGCGCCACCCCCGCUCCCCCCUAGCUGGCAGCAGCACUGCUGAGAUGUUGUAUUUCCACCCAAUUCUGGGUAUAUCGUGUGUCUUGCAAAAUCUUGGGUCAUUAAAGAUAAACAUAUUUUUA